AUGAAUCACUGCAGAUGGCCCAACCGUGACUUUCAGCAAUUCAAGGAGUUGGUGGAGCAGGGUGGUCCGGAGCGGUUCUAUUUUACCCUGGAGCCUGAAGUACAUGCGGCUCUCGAGCGUCAAAAGCUAUGGUGGAUACGGAAGACUGCCCAGAAGUUGAAGAAGAAUAAGGACGAUGCUAUUACCCGAAUCCUGGAUCCAGUCUACCUGCGGCAUGCUAUCUACAAGGCACCCUCCUCGGAAUGGGACCACCUGAGGACCAACGGCAUUCGCCCGGUCACCAGGAAAGGUCUCAUCGUUCUCUCUCCGCGGCAAACGAUCGAGGAGAAAACAGGUAGCAUCGGUGUAUUCUUCGCGGGCAUGCUCAAAUUGACCAACUCUGGGGGCCCAGAUCGGAAUCCGGUAAACACCUCAUUCAUCUAUAUCAACUUGGACGUUGAAAAAGCAAUGAGGGCCGGCGUGGAUUUCUACAAGUCUCGUGCAGGGAACGUGCUCUCCCCGGGCAAUCGCCAAGGCGUCAUCACACCCGACCUCUUCAAGGACGUGGUCGAAGUCAAUAUCGACCAAGAAGAGUUGCUCACGUAG